AUGAGGUUCUUGAUGGCUGCCCUCUCUGUCCUUCUUUUUGUUGACUUCGCUUUAAUGUUGUCAAAUGAGUCAGGUUCUCUUUCAAGUCUUCCCUAUUCAGAUGAAGACUCAGAGCCUGACCCCCCAACCUGCUGCAAAGACUUUGUUAGACAGAGGAUCCCACAAUCUUUCAUGCUUGGCUACACUAGGUCUGGCCCCCGGUGCUCUAAGCCUGCAAUUAUGUUUGAAACCAAUAAAGGAGUCAAAGUCUGUGCCAGUCCAUAUAUGCCCUGGGUGCGGAAUUAUGUGAAAAACUUGGGAGGGUCAAUAGGGGUAGAGGGUGAGGAUGGGCUUUUGGUGUAG